AUGACGGAACGCCCUGACUCAGCGCAGACCGCGCAAGCCUCAAACCCUGCCCUAUCGCAAUCAGAGCAGGCUCAACCCGCGACCGCAAACUCUCCGCAGACUCUCCCGAUCCGCAACUCAAAACCCACUCAGCCCACCGAAGAUGCGCCCGCGUCUACAGAUGGCGCCACAGACAAGCCGCUUAGCCCAGCUGAGUUGAAGAAGAAAGCCAAGGCCGAGAAGGCGGCCCGACGUAUCCGAGAGAAACUUGAAAAAGAAGGAGGUGCCGCCAACAGUACCACUCCCAUUCCUGGUAUCGGAGCCCAGGCUCGUCCACCAACCACACCGAAAAAGGAUGCUGCCGGUCCUGGCUCUGCCCAGAAGGGACCGCGAGCACCACCACCGCGCCGUGGCUCGGGUCCUCUUGCGCAGACUGGGUCCGUUCUCGUGGAGCAAAAGAAAAAGAAGGAUGAUAAAAAGGUUGCCAUCUUUGGGCAUUUGUACGGACAACAGCGCCGUGUCACUAUCGCCGGCGCCACGAAGGAAGUACACCAUGCUGUCUUGGCCUUGGGUAUGCAGUUGAUGGACUACACUAUCUGCGGUAGUAGCGCGCGUUGCGUGGCUACGCUGAUUGCUUUUAAACGAGUCAUUGAAUCUUAUACAACUCCCCUGGGCACCUCCCUGGCUCGCCACCUGACAACACACCUCUCGCACCAAAUCACCUAUCUCUCGACCUGCCGACCCCUCUCUAUCAGUCAGGGAAAUGCUAUCCGUGCUUUGAAGCUGUUCAUUGCCGGAAUUGAUCCCUCUACCCCUGAGGCGAGCGCAAAGAUCUCGCUCUGCGAGUACAUCGACAACUUUAUCCAGGAGAAAAUUACUGUCGCCGACCAGGUGAUUGCCGAAAACGCCGCACAGAAGGUCCAGGACGGCGACGUGAUCGUGACAUUUGCCGGCAGCAACAUUGUCAAGCAAACACUUUUGCUAGCACACAGCCAAGGAAAGCGAUUCCGCGUCUCUAUCAUCGAUUCAAGACCCCUGUUCGAAGGCAAGAGCCUCGCCCGCGAUCUCGCCCAGUCUGGGCUCGAUGUCCAAUACUCCCUCGUUCACGCCAUCACCCACGCCAUCAAAGACGCCACAAAGGUCUUCCUCGGCGCUCACACCAUGACCAGUAAUGGUGGCCUGUACUCCCGCGUCGGCACCGCCCUUGUCGCCAUGUCCGCCAAGGAGCGCGCCAGUGGCGUUGAGAUCCCCGUCAUCGUCUGCUGCGAGACAAUCAAGUUUACUGACCGCGUCGCCCUCGACAGCAUCGUCGUCAACGAGAUCGCCGAUGCCAACGAGCUGCUACCCAUGAACACCCCUGUCUCCCUCGUCGUUCGUGACCCGGCAGAUGCGUAUGUCCCCCCUCCGCCUGAGAAUAAGAAGGGCGCAAACCGCACUCCGGCUCCCGAACCUCCUGUCAUCCCACACAAGUCAUCUUCGUCGCCUCUUGCGAACUGGCAUAACACUCCCAAUUUGCAGCUGCUGAACAUUAUGUAUGAUGUUACGCCUGCUGAGUACGUCGACAUGGUCAUCACUGAGAUGGGCAGUCUUCCUCCCAGUGCGGUCCCGAUUGUCCAUCGGAUGGUGACAAAUCUGUGA